UCACGACCACCACGACCAUCAAAUCACCCUCUAGUGGCUCAAACCAGCCCCACCUCCCUCCAUCCCAAAACCCUAAUUCCCCCAAUACUUGAAUAUUUUCACAGCUGAAUUUUUACCUGGAAUCCUUUUCAUUUUCCACUUUUUUCUUGAUUUUUUUUUUUCGUGUGCUUUCUUUCUUUUAAUACUCUAAAACUACUAUGUGGGGUGGUGGUGGAGUUGGGGGUGAUAUCUAUUGGGGAAGAAAGGAGGAAACUGAGUCUAGAGGAAUCACCGUGAUCUUCGCUUGGGCUUCGAUUCAAGAGCGGCACUUGAAGUGCUACGUCGAUUUGUACGCAUCCCUCGGAUGGAAUUGCCUCGUCAGUCAUGCCGAUUUUCUCAACGCAUUUUAUCCAGAGAGGGCCACGUCGUUGGCAUUUCUUGUUAUCAAUGAGCUUGUUGAGAAGCUAAGGAUUAGGCCAUGUCCUAUAGUCUUUGUAGCGCUUUCUGGUAGUCCUAAAGCUUGCAUGUACAAGAUUUUUCAGGUUAUUGAUGGAACAUGUGGAGAGAGGUAUCCGGGAGAAUAUCAGUUGAUCAGAAAUUGCGUUUCUGGCCACAUCUAUGAUUCUAGUCCAGUAGAUCUUACAAGUGAUUUGGGUGCACGAUUCACACUACACUCCCCUCUUAGGAGAAUGCCUGGAUCAUCGAAAAUAUUUUCUUGGUUGGCGAAGGGCAUUGCUUCUGGUUUGGAUGCAUUAUAUCUUACUAGAUUUGAAUCCCAAUGCAUUGAGUAUUGGCGGGCUUUGUACUCCUCUGUUAAGUUUAGCGCUCCUUUUCUCAUUAUAUGCUCAGAAAAGGAUGACCUUGCACCUUACCAAAUGAUCUGCAAUUUUGCUCAACAUUUACUAGAUCUUGGGGGUGAUGUUAAGCUUGUUAAAUUGAAUGGCUCCCCUCACAUGGGUCAUUACAAGCAUAAUCCAAUCCAGUAUAGGGCUGCUGUGUCCAGUAUGCUUGACCAGGCAGCUUCGGUUUAUUCCCAAAAGAUUCGACUACUGGGAGAAAGAACUAGCAUGGAAGGUUUGCAUGAUGAGAUAUCUGAGCUAAUCUGUGACCUUCAGAAUGCAGCUGUUACCUCAAACCAGAGCCUCACAAGAGUUGCACUUGGGCCGAGUGACCACUUCUUUUUGCCAAGUUCAGCAGAACAUCACUAUGGUAGAGAUUCUCCAUCUCUACAAGAUGAACAAAAAGAAAGAUCAAUUUCUUUGCCUAACCCGUCAAGCAUCAAUGCACAUAGUGUGCUUGGCCAAAUCCUCUUUGAUGUUUAUGUUCCCAAGAACGUUGAAGGUUGGGAUAUAAAAUUUGGUGGCUCUCUGAACGGGCAGCCAUUUGCUUCUGUUCGUAGACCGUCCCCUUUCCAGGGUAUUAAAUGCAUUCGUCGGUCAAGACUCUAAUAUCUCCUACAUCAUGUGAAACUCUGGUACAUGUUUGUAUGAAUUGACUCUUGUGAAUAGAAGUAGGGUUCCUUUGGACAUCUUCGGGAAAGACUGGAAUAGUUUCUGCACUUGGGCAAAUUCACAAAGUUCACGGCCAAAUUAGGAUAAGAACAUAUGUACAUCAUAGGUACAUGGAGUUGUGUGCUUGAAUAUGAUCUCCUGCCCACCUGUUCGGUAAGCUAUGCAAGUCUACAGAAAAAUGAGGAAAAGAUCCCACGUACAGAGUUAGGUGUAUGCUUUCAUGGCUCAGAGGUGAGGGCUCCUAUGGUUAGUGAGGGCUCGUAUGUUUGCAGAUUCAGAAGUGACUCAGAUAGUGUAUGUUAUUCUCUUCAAAUAUUCCGCUUGUCGUUCAAGCAUCAAUACUUGGUGCACGGGCUUCAAAUGAUCAAGCAUGAGGCUGGAGACCUGUACUAUGUAAAUAAGAGGAAAAUUUAGUGGUAAGGUCCUUUUUUUUCUUGCUCCCUUUUUGAAUAUGGAAAAGAACGUUACUUCAGAUUGUAUAGUGGAAUGUUAGAUGUAGUUCUGUGCCUCCAUUUUUGUAAACAGAAGUUAGAAAUUUAGACAUUUAUCUGAAAAAUAAGUGGGCCAUGGUUCUUAAUAA